AUGCACUUUUUCACCUUCGUUUUUCUUUUCAAGGAAAUCUCCUCGCAAACAGAGAAUGAAACAACAACGACAACGGUGAUACCAACUCCCAUCGGGUAUCGUCGACGAACCUCGGCUGAUUUUCUCGACGAGCUUUUGACCGGUUACGACCGUUUUACCCACCCAAAUUAUUAUACAAAAAAGCCAACGAAUAUUUCAAUCAACUUAUUCGUCAAUUCCAUCGACUCAAUUGAAUCGAGCACGAUGGACUAUAAAAUCAACGUCUUCCUCCGAAUGAAAUGGAUCGACAAGCGACUUCGUUUCAGCCAAAAAGACGUGCCAGAUCCCGUUUUGAAUGUUCAUCCGUCGAUGUAUGAAAAUCUCUGGGUCCCUGAUCUGAUUUUCUCGAAUGAAAAAGUGGGCAAUUUUCACACAUUGACUACGGACAACCGGCUCUUGAAAUUGAGCAGAAACGGGGAGGUCUACACGUCGAUUCGGAUAUCGUUGACAUUGGGCUGUUUCAUGGACUUUCGCCUCUUUCCGAUGGACAUUCAAAACUGCCCGAUUCAAAUGGAAUCCUUUGGCUACAGCAUGGACACUCUCCAAUUCAACUGGCAAGAGAAAGACGCGAUUCAGCUGAACGACAACAUCGUUCUUCCACAAUUUAAAAUCAAAGGCUUCAAAUUAGAAGAUUGCACGAAAGUUUACUCGUCUGGAAAAUUCACUUGCAAGGAAGGCCAGUUCAUCAUGCAACGACAACUGGGUUAUUAUUUUGUGCAGAUGUAUGUUCCGACAGUUUUGGUAGUUUGUCUCAGUUGGAUUAGCUUUUGGAUAGAUAUUAACGCGGCUCCUGCGAGAACUUCUCUUGGUGUCACUACUGGUAGGCUUUUUUUGACUUUAACAACUUCAGAGGAUCUUCUCAGUUUUGACGAUUACACAACAGGCUCAAAGCUCAGCAGCUGA